AUGGAUGAGAUGGAGGACAUGGACCCUCUUGAGGCCGGGCCCGACCCGGACGAGAUACUGCUCCAGGGGGAGCCGGAGCUGCUGAGGCAGCAGCAGGAGGAGGAGGACUACGAGGUGGAGCUGGCGGCAGCGGAGGCGGCCACGGUGGCGGCGGGGAAGGCGCCAACCAAGGCGGAGUUAGCAGAGGCGGCCGUCGCGGCGGCGAUGGCGUCCAAGACGGCGAGGGAGGGCGGGGGGGCAGACGAGGCGGCCAUGGCCGCGCUAGGCCCCAAGAGAAAGAAGAGAGUAGAGAAGGCGAGGAUCGACCCGCUCAUGCCCAGGGGGGGCGUCGCGCCGAACGAGUGGCUGGACAUGGCGGACCUGGCGGAGGGGGUGCGGGGGAUCUUGGUGGUGUGCCACACGGGCUUGCCGAAAGACAAGAAGAGGGCCGCUGAGAUCAUGAACGCCGUCAAGGAGCGCUAUGGUCACGUCAUUCACACGCACGAAUGGUGGGACGACGACGAGGAGCUGACGGACGACGACCGCGAGGAUGCUGGCACCUUCGAGGUCUGGCUCGAGGGGCCCACCAUCGUCCACUACCACGAGAGGGCCGACGGCAAGCUGGACCUGGACGACGAGCAGCUGGACAAGAUCCUCGACGACCUCGAGGAACGCGUGAUGGACGAGGCCAUCCUCGGGCAGUACAUCAACGAGGACUUCCAGUUCCGGCUGCCCGGGUUCACGGUCCCCGAGCAGCGGUUCAAGCAGUUCCCCGUCCUGUAA